UAAUCAUUAAUUUAAUGGCAAUAACGUGUGCAUUGUUUUACAUACAUGGCAUGACAUGCUACAGGUCAAGACAUCAGGGCUUGUUUAGGCAACACUGAUCUCAAACAGGCUUAACCAGCAGAUCCAGAUAACACACACAUCCCUUGGGAUGUGAUCAUCCAUUCAAACUCCAAGUCAAGCAGACUUUGGAAGAAGUCCACCCUGCGGCCCCCAAUAUCAGCAGGACAUGGACCUACUGGAGCAAGUCCAGAGGACCACAAGGAUCAUCAGGGGCCUGGAGCAUCUCGCCUAGAGAGACAAGCUGAGAGAGAUGGGGCUGUUCAGCCUGGAGAAGAGAUGGUUCCAGGGAGAGCUUAUAGCACCUUCUUGUACCUAAAGGCAGCCUACAAGAAAGAUGGGGAAAGACUUUUUACAAAGGCAUGUAAUGACAGGACAAGCAGAAAUAGUUUUAAACAAAGAGAGUAGGUUUAGAUUCGCUGUUGUGAAAAAAACUCUUACCUGUGAGAGUGGCGGGGCCCUGGCAGAAGUUUCCCAGAGGAGCUGUGGAUGCCCCUGAAGUGUGCAAGGCCAGGUUGGACGGGGCUCUGAACAACCUGGUCUAGUGGGAGGUGUCCCUGCCAUGGCAGAGGGGUCAGAACGAGAUGAGCUUUAGGGUCCCUUCCAAACCAAACCAUUCUGUGAGUCCAUGAGGUACACACCUGUCCUAAAGCCACAAACUGACCUUUAACUCUGUGUUGAUCACAGCAGUGGACCACAGCUCAGGGUGAAAAGACAGCUGAAGUGAGUUGAAGACAGUUAAAGAAGUAAGAGAGCUUAUCUAGAGACUAGGUCAGUCUGAUCCUAAAUAACACUAAACUGCUUAAAACAUCAAAGAGAAAAAGUAAAGGUAUGGAUUUUUAUUAAAUGGAAAAAUAAAGGAAGAGAAAAAAUUAGGACUCAAAAGGGAAAAUAAAGAAUGGAAUAUCAUGAAAAGGACAUAACCGUAUGGACAUAAACCAUACACCAUUUUCUAUUAGUUUGUUUCAUAGCACAACUCUCAGCAGGCAGCCUGCCAUUCUGCCUGUGAUGCAGAAUUCUAAUUCCUCUCCCAGCCCAGGUAUGUCCUGCAGCCUGGUGUAACCUCUGGUACUUCAUGAUAACCUAAAGAAAGUGGCUGGGUAGCCUGGGCAAAUGGGCUACUGCUGCACAUGCUUUGGUUCUGGUGCUUAGGACACCACUACUUUAAAUAUUUCUAGGUGGAAAGAGACUCACCCUCUUGGUUCUCCAUGGGGUAGUUAUGCUACCUUUUUCUAGUUUUCUUCUCCUGCAGAAGCUCCUUGAGCAGGUCAUGCGAUUCACCUUUAACCUUCCUCUCUAGAUCUUCCAAGUUACAAUAUUCCUUCCCCUCUCAUAUUUUCAGGUUUUUCUGGGAACAUGAAAGACCACUGCCCAAUACAGCAUGUUCUCCAUAUUGAGCUGCAAGACUCUUGUUAUCUUUUAGUACAGUACCCCACCUUUAUUUUUAUUUGACUUUCCAAUUUCUUUAUUCUAAAAACUCAUUUUUCUCUUGCCCCGUAACAUAGCUUAAACAAAACAGUUAUGCACCUUACUGCUAUAAAGAGUUUACACAGCACACUGUAGUGCACUAAAAACAUUUGUCUAGCACAGAUCAGCUGGGGGAGCUAUUAAUGCCAUUUUUUUAGUUUAGCUUUAAAUAAAAUAACAAAAAAGCAGACAGUGAGUUAUUAUGAAAACUCAGCAGGAAUUUAGUUGGUUUUAACAUUUUUAUUAAAUUCUCUUUUCUAUAAUGCCUGUGUGUCUUAUUUACCUUCCUUCUCAGUCCUUCAGUCCUACAGGUAUGAUAAAAAGCCCCCACAUUUUCAGAGGGACCUUAUUAUAUGCAAAGAGAGUGAGCAUGGGAGAGAAACAAACCCCAAAAGAUCAAAGUUUCCAUGAGGCUUUUGCACUCCUGCAAAGCAUGAUCCAAGUCUGCAAAUCUUCAGUUUGAGAACUGCUCAUUUCAAAUUUAGCAGGUCCUGUACUUUCUUCACAUCUCAGCAUAAUCCUAAGUAAAAUGAGAGUGACACUGCUUUCUGCAGCCUUUGGUGAUGCUUACCUUGUUUCACUUUUAACCCUCAGGCACAUUAGAACAUCAAAGUGUCGUUAUAAUACAGGGAAUUUCUACACAGCAAUGUCUUUAUACUUGACAAAAAGGGAAUCUCAGUUGAAUUGCUAACAUUUUUAAUACUGGUGAAUUUUAAAUUAAAGUGUAGAAUUUUGCUCUGCUUGAAGGCAAGAAUUAAAUCUCUCACAGAUCUUAUGGACAUUUUCUUAAGGCUAUCUGGCACUGUUACUAAUCUUUAUUAAUUUGAAAGCAUCAGUAUAUGAUUUCAUGCUAUGUAAUUCCAGUCUCCCACAUUCUCUGUAAAACGAAGGCAUAUCAGAUGGAUCCAGCAGAUAAGGAAGGGAAAAGGAGGGAGCUGCAACACAUGGCAUAGGAGGAGGGGCAAGGAUCUGGGACUGUUGUGCUUCUUCUCGGAAGUGAAGGCUAAGUGGGGACAUCAAUUGCUGCCUUCAACUGUCUGUUUGGAGGUUGAAGUGACCCCCCUCAGAAGAAUAAAAAAUCAGGGCAAAGGUGAAGAUGAAAUGGUCACACGUGACAUCAAAGGACAUCUCCAUUUCAAAUGUGAGGAAAAAUAUCUCUGUGGUUGCAGGUUAAGCAUAUGGAAGGGCUGUCCAAGGAGGCUGCAGAAUUUCCAUCCAUGAACAUUUUCAAACCCUAGGGGACUAAAUCCUGAGCAUCAGGAUGUAGCUUUAGCAUUAACCAUACUUUGGGCAGAAGACUGCACUACAUAACCUCCAAAGAUCACUUUUAACUCAAUUUUUUUAUUCCAUAAAAGAACAAAACAAAACAAAAACAAACAAAAAAACCCAAACCAAAUCAAACCAAACCAACCAACCAACCAAACCCCAAAACAAAACAAAACCACAAAACCAGAAACCUUGUAUUAAAAAAAAACCCAAACAAACAAAAAAACAAAACAAAACAAAAAAAAAACCCAAGCAAAAAAACUCCUAAAAUUAAAGGACAAACCUUUCGACCAGAGUUAUGGACUAAAUAUUAUUCUCCAUGGUUUCCUGACCUCUGCUUUAACAAGACAGUUACUGGAAAGAAGAAAACGCAUUUCAUAAUAAAAUUUAAAUUCUUUCCAGGAUGCAUGGCCCCAAAAUAUUGACAGCUCCAAAGCACAAUGUGAUAUUUACAUUUAAAGACAUACACAGAAGAAGGCUGAUUAGCAUUUUCUGGCACAUUCAGGAGCAACACAGAUUUGAAGAGGGCAUAAAGAGUCCCAGUAAUGCUGAGUCAGACACAGAGGAGUUGCUGGGAAGGGUCAGCCCAGUGGAGGAAGUUCACAGCCAACAAAUUAUAUUUAGUUGGCAGGAACAUUGCGCACACCCUCAAUUCCAGGGUACAGUUACAGCAAGGCUCUGUGGUCACACAGGAGGCCUUUUGGGUAACCAUAAAUUGUCAUAACCUUUCUUCUACUUCACGUCCGAGCCUACCAUCUGUUUCUGACUUUGGCUCGCAGCGUCUGAUGGCAUCACGAGCUGAUUUUGGGGGUGAAGGGACACUCUAGCAGCUGUAGGCAAUUGCAGCCGGCCUCCUUCUCCUCGGCAUCUUUGGCACGGGGGACUCGCUGCUUGAUCACCUCAACAAGGCGCAGCACCCUCGCAGGGAUCUAUGUCCCUGGUCCCCCUCUAGGAUUAAAAUCCCGCCCGCGCCCGCGGGGCGGGAUGCGGCACCCAGCGCGGUGCGCUCAGCCGAUGCCGCCCCGCAGCCGGGGCUCCCCAAAACCCGCGGAGCCGGGGCUGCGCCGGCGGGGCGCGCCCCCGUCCCUCCAUUUCGCGCAGGGGCGGGCUCGCAGCGGGCCCGCAGCCGGCGGAAGAUGGUUGCCGGCCGCUCGCCACCGCCCCCGGGCGCGGCGCCACGGGGCCGGGCGCUGGGAGCCGGGGCGGCGCCUGCGCCGGGCCCGGGCAGCGCGGGGCUGCGGAGCGGAGCGGGGCGGGCGGCACCAGCGCCAUGACCGCGGCGAUGCGGCAGCGCUUCGACCGCUUCUUGCACGAGAAGAACUGCAUGACCGCCGUGCUCGAGCGCAUCGAGAGCAAGACCGGCGUCGGCCGCACCUACAUCGCCGCCGGCAUCCUCGGGGUCCUGGCCGUGUACCUGGUGGUGGGAUACGGCGCGUCCCUGCUCUGCAACCUCAUCGGCUUCGCCUACCCCGCCUACGUCUCAAUCAAGGCCAUUGAAAGUCCCAACAAAGAUGAUGACACGCAGUGGCUGACUUACUGGGUUGUGUAUGGCAUUUUCAGCAUAGCUGAAUUCUUCUCUGACAUCUUUCUGUCCUGGUUCCCUUUCUACUACAUGCUCAAGUGUGGCUUCCUGAUCUGGUGCAUGGCUCCAAGCCCUUCCAACGGGGCAGAGUUCCUCUACCACCGGAUUAUCCGUCCUGUCUUCCUGAAGCACGAGGCUCAGCUGGACAGUGUUGUGCAGGACCUGAAGGACAAGGCUGCAGAGGCUGCAGACACUGUCACUAAAGAGGCCAAGAAAGCAACAGUGAACUUGCUGGGUGAAGAAAAGAAGAGCACUUAAACUUGAUAAGUUUCCCUACCACCUCCUUUGUGCAGCUUGAUGUUACUGGGGACUGUGGUAUAAGUUCAAUAAUAUUGCCUUGGAAACAUUUUGAUAUAUUAAAGGAAUGUGCUGUAAGUUUACUUACUACUUCGCUGUGACUGAUAGAGAGUAUGCAUUUUUAUUUAAAAGCAAUGCAGUGGGCAGCAUCUGAAGCUUAAUGAAAAUAUUUUAUUCAUCUUCAUGCAGAAGAAGUCUUUCAGUAAUCUCUUUCUGCGGUAACAUAAAUAAAAAGUAUAUAUCCCUCAGGCUCUGCACUUUAGUUGUCUCUUUGUCUAUGAAAUAACUCCUAACACUUUGAUUGUGGUGCAUCUGGUAGCACAAAGCUAUUUCAUAGGGAAAAUUCUGAAUGGAUCUUCUUGAAUAUACAGGGAAUUGUUGUGAGAGAUGGCAUAAUGGAUGUAUUCCCCACUACUAAAGCUGUAAAUUGUGAAAUUACAAUUGUGAAAUAUGUGUUCUAGCCACCUGAUUAUAGAGAUUAUUCACUGUUGCAUGUUUUGUUGUAACACAGUAUUUGGUACAGUGUGUGUAUGCUUAAAUGGAUAGAUACUAAAUAUAGGAAAGAAUAACUUCCUUGAGGUGAUCAAGUUUAUAUUGGCCUGAUUUGCUAGACAUGGAUGCAUUAAAUCACACAAGAUUAACACAAUGUGACUGAAGUACAAAUUCUUCCCUAUUCUUGCUAAAACCAAGUUGUUAUCCAAAAUUGUUAAUAGAGUGCUUUUUAAGAUCACACUCAAAAGCACAAGCCACCUUUAGCUAAGGAGUGGUACCAUUACAAACACUUUUUCCUGAAUUCCUUUAAGAAAAUUAGCUGCCUUGGAUGCUAGUCCUCAAAACUAUAUCAUUAAGGGGACAGACCACAACUCCCACGAGCUUUUUCUGUUCAUAAAGAUCUGCAAUCUCUUCUGACUGUACUAAGAAAAACUUUUUAUGAGCACUUAAAUUUCCUGAGUGGAGAUGCUCUUCUUGAUAUAUUCCUGACCAAUCAGUAAGAGUGCAACCAAAGUUGCUAAAAGAAUAAAGGGAUUUUUUACAAUCAAUGUAAAAAAUUUUUUUUUUUUUUUUUCUUCACACUGCAGUAUUUAAAAAAAACAAACCACAAUUGCAUUAAUUAAUUGGGCAUGAAUUACUGAAAUUUCCCUGUUUUAUUCUCCAUGCUGACAUUACUUUAAAGCCUACAGUAAUGGUACAGCAGUUCUGAGCUCACAGAACGUGCAGAAAGGAAGCUUAAGCUUUUGAUAGAAUAAAAAAUUAUUUUCAGUCCACAAUCUUGAAUUCCAAAAAUCUAAUCUUACAAUAAAGUUUUCAGGACUUCUGGCUUUCUGCAACAAAUCGUUGUAUAAACAUUCAUUGUAAAUUUUCAGAUGCAAGUUCUGCAAAAGUGUGAAGCACACAGUGCAACUCAGCACGUGAGUUUUAACUAGGAGAGUUAUGUUUUAUAAGAGGGGAUGUAGAAGCAUCAUAAGAGAAAGCAUUUUAAGCUUUGAGCUGGAAAACAUAGCCCUUGGGGCUGGCAGCUUGUAUAGGGAAAUUUGAGUCCUGCUGUAUCUCAUGUUCUGCAGGGCAGCAUGCAGUUUGUCAUUUGAAGAAAAAAUGCAAAAUUUCACAGCUUACCAUUCCUUGUCAACUUUUUCUUAGGAGUGGAUAUGCUGAAGAGGAUAACGUUUACAGCAAAGUUCUAGGUUUUAAGCAAGUAAAAGGUUUGAAGUGUAUCACCAUUUAACUGGUUGAAUUUCUUGUCUUAACUUCUGUUGUUAACCCACUGGACUUUCUUGUAAGCCUUACUAAACCUUAGUCCUGUGUUUUAAACUGUCAGCUGCAUGUAAAGCACUUAUGUGGCCACUGCAAUUUAGUUUCACUUCUCGAGAUUAGAAGUAACUAGAUAAAAAUAAAUAAGGAUUCUUAAUAGACUAUUUAAUUUCAGUGCAAAGUGCUACAUAACUUUCUUAUCUAAAAACUUACAGUAAAUUUUACUUUACAAGCCUAAUGAUAUCUGUAGUAGAGACAGGAUUUACUUCUCAUUUCUUACACUACUCAACAGUUCUUCCACUGUUAUUAAUGGGGAUAAAACAUUCUAGAUAGAUGUUAGGUAAGUGUUAAAACAGUCCCUUGCAUUUCUCUCAGAUCUUGAAAGGCUUUAAAUCAACUUCUUGUCUUUACCAACUUGAUAUUACAAGCACAUGCAAUCAGUGCUCUUUUGUCACAUUUCUACUUGAAUUAGAACUACUGUCUGUUGUUAACAGAAGUUGCCCUUGGUUUUUUCCGUGAUGAAAGUAGAAAUGACUGAAUGUCUGCAGCAAGUUAUCCUUUCCUGCAAGUAACUCCACUGGGCUGGGCCCGCUGAUCAGUGCUUUUCUUUGUGUCUUCACAACACUCAUGUGCAAAUGUUGGUACACACACCUUCUUCGUGUCUUUGCUGAAGCUGUAAUGUGCUAAAUAAAAAUGGACACAAAUAAAAAGAUUCUUAUGGGACUGGUA